UUAAAAAAUCACUUGACACUUGUUAAAAUGACGAGGAAGAUGUUAUUUCAAGGUACAGUCUUCAAUACCCUAUGGCAGUACUCUGUUUGCAAGAGGGGUGGGGAGAGAUGGGACCUAACUAUGGAUGCAGCAGGUGGGGAUUUAAGCCAGAUGGAAAAUUACUAGCAGGAGAUACCAAGGAUAGGAGAAUUCUUGCUAAAGGCAGGCCAAGCACUUAACGUAUUAAAUGUGGGAAAUGAAGAACUUGAUCAGAAGUGAACAUCUCAUUCUUGCACUGUAAGCCUGUAAUUGGGAACUUGAGGCUCAUGGCCAGAGCUUCAGGGACAGGCCAUUAAGUCCAUUAUUGGUUAAGAUGGUCACACAGCCCCUUAUUAUUGGCCUUAGGGAGGCCCUUCUCCAAAGUGCCUUUGAUAAAGACAUUUCUGCUAGAGAUGGGCAGGUAAACGAGGUGUGUGUGCUCACCAGCUCCACCCAUUGUACCAUCUUCCCAAAUUUGGAAUUAUAAGGAACACUAUCCCCUGCUAAAGAGCGUGAAUCAUUGCUUGUAUCUGCUGAAUCAAGCCUUGAGUGUGAAUAGCUCUCCUCUGUGCCCAGUUUGGAGUCUCAACUGGCAACAUAUCUUAUUUCGUGCUGGAGAAAGAGGAAGAAAAGGGGAAUAAGAGAAAAUUUCAAAACCUGUGAGGCUGCCAUGCUGAAGACUGUUCCUGGAAAAAGAAGCACAAGAAAGCAUAUGUAGUAAACCCAGGGAAAUUAUUUUAACUUCCCUGUUACUUCACUUCCUCACCUGUAGAACAAAGAAAAUGGUAACUAUCUAUCAGACUUUUUAUGAAUAUCAAAAGGUAGAGUAGACGUGAAAGCACCCAAGUUUGUGAGUACAUAAAGACGUCAGGAAAUCGUGAGAGCGUUAUUGGGGCCAAUAAUCUAUUAAACUGUGAUGUGUAAUCACCUGUCUUUCACAACAAAAGAAUUUCCAUUUGUAGCAGACACUCCUUACCUCUUCCCAGGAUUCUGUUUCUGGAGACAGCUAUUUCACAACUGAUGCAAAAACUCUUGACAAUAUAAAGCAGGGUCCAACUGGGUCGGGCAGACACCAGAAAGUCUCUGCUCAGCCUCCAUCGAUUGCUCUUGGCCACCUCGGCAGCAUGAAAGCAGCCCUUGUCCUGCUUUUUGCUCUGGCACUUACAACCGUCUUCGAUGUAGAAUGUGCCAGACGCCAACAGGUUGACUGCAGUCAGUAUAAAAAGUUACCGCCAGGAGAAGAGACAUUUUGUUAUGACAUAUAUGCACCAAUUUGUGGAUCUGAUGGCAAAACUUAUAGCAAUGAUUGCUACUUUUGUUGUGAAGUUAAGAAAACUGAUGACAAACUUAAAUUUGUACAUUUUGGAAAGUGCUGAAUCUGUCUUGUGAUUCCAAUUUAUGAGACACAGUUUCUUCUCCCAUACAUAGUAUGCUGGUUGCCUAAUCUUGUCACCAUUAUGUCUUGAUUUCUUUGAAUAAUAUAGCAGGCCUAAGAAAAAUAA